GUACAAUGAGAGAAACCUGGGAUUGAAUCUUGGCUCUGGAAAUUAUUAGCUAUGAAAGUUGCUAUAAAGGUGAAAUAAGUGAGUGGCAUGAACACACGGCUGACCAGUUUGUCACUGUCUUCUGAUUCACUACUAGAGAAUUACGCACUGCUGAAUAUAUGUCGUACAGUAUAUACAAGAGCACAGUUAACAUCCCCUUGAGUCAUGGUAUUGUUCAUUCUUUUUGUCAUAAUAUGAACUGUAACUUUAUGCAUAUCUUCAAGUUUGUUCUAGAUUUCAACAUGAAGAAUGUCACUGAAGUUACCUUAUUUGUACUGAAGGGCUUCACAGACAAUCUUGAACUGCAGAUCAUCUUCUUCUUCCUGUUUCUAGCAAUCAACCUCUUCACUCUCAUGGGAAAUUUGGGACUGAUUUUACUGGUCAUUAGGGAUUCCCAGCUCCACAAACCCAUGUACUAUUUUCUGAGUAUGUUGUCUUCUGUGGAUGCCUGCUAUUCCUCAGUUAUUACCCCAAAUAUGUUAGUAGAUUUUACGUCAAAGAAUAAAGUCUUUUCAUUCCUUGGAUGUGUAGCACAGGUGUUUCUUGCUUGUAGUUUUGGAACCACAGAAUGCUUUCUCUUGGCUGCAAUGGCUUAUGAUCGCUAUGUAGCCAUCUACAACCCUCUCCUGUAUUCAGUGAGCAUGUCACCCAGAGUCUACCUGCCACUCAUCAAUGCUUCCUAUGUUGCUGGCAUUUUACAUGCUACUAUACAUACAGUGGCUACAUUUAGCCUAUCCUUCUGUGGAUCCAAUGAAAUUAGGCGUGUCUUUUGUGAUAUCCCUCCUCUCCUUGCUAUUUCUUGUUCUGACACUCACACAAACCAGCUUCUACUCUUCUACUUUGUGGGCUCUAUUGAGCUGGUCACUAUCCUGAUUGUUCUGAUCUCCUGUGGUUUGAUUCUGUUGGCCAUUCUGAAGAUGUAUUCUGCUGAAGGGAGGAGAAAAGUCUUCUCCACAUGUGGAGCUCACCUAACUGGAGUGUCAAUUUAUUAUGGGACAAUCCUCUUCAUGUAUGUGAGACCAAGUUCCAGCUAUGCUUCGGACCAUGACAUGAUAGUGUCAAUAUUUUACACCAUUGUGAUUCCCUUGCUGAAUCCCGUCAUCUACAGUUUGAGGAACAAAGAUGUAAAAGACUCAAUGAAAAAAAUGUUUGGGAAAAAUCAGGUUAUCAAUAAAGUAUAUUUUCAUACUAAAAAAUAAAUUUAAAAAAGGUGAGGGUGAUACUCUGCACCUCAAUACCAAGAAUGUGUCAUUGUGGUGUUAUGAUAUAUGUUGGUUUUCAUCCAGGGUUCCUGGCUCAUAAUUCCCAUAGCCUUUGUUACAGUCUUUUGUUAUAAUGUUGGGUGUUAUGCCUCAGGGGCAGGCCUUUUACCUUCUCCUGCCCUCCUUUCACUUGCACCAAGGCUGGGUUCCAAUGUUUGCCUUACUGAUUGUGAAUCUUAAGACUCUCCCAUAUACCUUCGGGGAGGGAAUGCUGAUGCCUUGAAGCUUCCAUAGAACCUAGGAAGAUAGGGUUCAGUGAGCUUCUGGGGAGCAGAACAAAUGGAAGUUCCUAGAGGGUGGCAUGGUCAAGGAGGGCAUGGAAGCUCUGCACCCCUUUCCUUAUACUUUGCCCUACACAUAUCUUCACCAGUGUCCUUUGCAAUAUCCUUUUCAAUAAGCCAGUAAUAUGUUUCCCUGAGUUUUGUGAGCUGCUUCAGUAAUUUAAUGAAACCCAAAGAGGGGGUCAUGGGAGAUCCAACUUGAAGCAGGUUGGUCAAAGUUUCAGAGACCCGAAUUUGUGACUGGUGUUGUCAGGGGGCAGUUUUGGGGACUGAACCCUCAACCUAUGGGAUCUGACACUAUCUCUGGGUAGAUAGUGUUGCAACUGAAUUAGAGGAUACCCAGUUGGUGAUUACCACGUGGUGUGGGAGGAAGAAAUCCCUACCCAUUUGAUCACAGAAGUCUUCUGUGUUGAUGAUUGUUGUGGUAUGACAGUAGAGGAAAAACCUGGUUAGCAAGAGUUUUCC